UUCAAUAAACAAACGAAAAAUGUCACAACUUCCUGAUUGACCGAAACGAAUCUUAUAAAUAAGCAAAAAGUGUGAAAAGGCGAGCUUAGUUUGCAUGAGCCACUUCCAGAAGAGUGCAGAAUUCGACAUGAAGUUGUGAAGAGCUUAAAUUAUAUUUGCAUACCACAAGUGAAGGCCUAUAAACACACAGUAGCAAUUGAAAUUGAUGUGCCAAAGUAAACUGUGAGAAGUGUCAGUAAAUGCAAAUAAUUCCGCUACGCAUUUCAAAAUGCAAAGACGACCGUUGACAACUGUCCACACAGCACUGCGUCACGCAACAGAAGAAACAGAAAUGGCGCGUUUCACGCAUGCAAAUAGAAAGAUGAACGAACCGCAACAACAAACACUGAAAUCACAGAAGCAACAACAACAAUUCCAACAAAAAUGUCUGCAAUCUUCGCUUAGCGAAAUGUCGAAUUUCCAGUUCCGCAUUGUUGUGAUGCCACAACGUCUGCAGAUGCGUCUACUACUGCCGCCGAUUGCGUGUCUCGCCACACUGUCACUCGUCGGAUUAUUAUUUGUGGCGAUGCCACCUGUUUGCCAGGCAGUUGGUUACUCAUAUACGCGUUUUUCUGGUCCAGUCACCGGACCCGAGCAGAAGAUAAUCGUGCAUGAUGGGCUUGUCGGCAGCGGCGUCGGUGCUGGUGGCGGUGGUGGAGCGCGUGUGGACUUCAUUGCCAAACCGGCCUAUGAAUUCGCUUACGGCGUGGAGGAUGCUCAGGCGCGUCUAUUGCAGAAUCGUCAAGAGACGCGCGACGGCGAUGCGGUGUGGGGUUCGUACAGCGUUGUGGAUCCAGAUGGCAACUUGCGUGUGGUCAAAUAUACGGCAGAUCAUGAGAACGGGUUUCAGGCUGAGGUUUCAUCUAAUGGUCUCGGUACAACGGUUCACGGUCAUCAGCCAGUCUCGUAUACGCCGUUGCAAAAUCAUGCAGCGACUCCUCCGCCUUUACGGUACUUUCCGUUUGUGGUGCAGCAUCCGGUUAUGGAAAAUAAUGACACUGUUUACUAUGAGGAUGAGAAUGAUAGCGAUACCGAGGAUUACGAAGAGCAUAAAGAGCAUAAAGGAGAGCGUGGGAAUACGCAAGAGGGUGAAUUAGAGAAUGAAUAUGAGGGCAAAGGCGAUGAAGACAGUGAAGCUGAUGAGCACGAUGAACACGAGGAAUAUGAUGCUGAGGGACAUUCUUUAGAGGAGGAUGAAGUAGAUUACUAAUAGUUAAAUAAAUAA